AUGGAUACGAAGUUCAAAUAUUUUGAAGUAUACACCAAAAACGCAAGGGGAUUGCAACUCUUCAGCUGUAGAUGGGUGCCUUUUCCUUCACCCAAGGCACUUGUUUUCCUUUGUCACGGCUAUGCCGUGGAGUGUAGCAGAUUCAUGAGAGUGGUUGCUGAAACGUUAGCCAAUGCUGGAUAUGCAGUGUUUGGACUUGACUACGAAGGACAUGGACGUUCUGCUGGUGUUCGUUGUCUUAUAACUAAGUUUGACAACAUUGUUGAUGAUUGUGAAGACAUUUUCAAGAUAAUUGGGUAGCUCCAAGAAUACAAAGGAAAACCUAGGUUCUUAUAUGGGGAUUCAAUGGGAGGCUCAGUUGCUACUAUUCUUGUUGCACCUAUGUGCAAGAUAUCAGCCAAACUAGUGAAGCCAUUUCCUAUUGUUGUGAAUGUAUUGACGAAAUUUGAAGAUAUCAUACCAAAGUGGAAAAUAGUUCCCACUAAGAAUAUCAUUUCCACUGCCUUUAAGGAUCGUGCCAAAAGAGAAGCGAUAAGAAAUAACAAGUUGAUAUAUCAAGACAAGCCCAGACUGAAAACAGCAAUGGAAAUGAUAAGAACUGGCAUGAGUCUUGAAGAUACUCUACAUGAGGUCACAAUUCCACUUUUAGUGUUACAAGGAGGGAAAGAUAAAGUUACAGACCCAGAAAUAAGCAGGGCAUUAUGUGAGAAAGCUAGUAGCAAAGACAAGACCAUUAAAAUGUACAUGGGAAUGUGUCAUGGCGUAGCAACCGAAGAGAGUGAUGAAAACAUUAUGUGUGUUUAG